GCGGUGGCGGUUUCAUGGAAUCCCAAGGUUGGAGCAGCACUGGUAUCUCGACACUUGCUGAACGAAGCUAAGUCAUGUCAUCAAGCACCACAUCCAUCGAGGAAGCUACAGGGGUGGCAGCGGCUGUUGCUGUGGGAAAUGACGACGCUCGCUUAGGCACCCACAGCUUUGUCGUGUCGGGCACCACUUUCCAAGUGGACUCAAAGUACAAGUUCAUCAAGCCCAUCGGGCAUGGAGCCUACGGCGUCGUCAUAUCGGCGCAAAACACCGAGACUGGCGACAAGGUGGCCAUCAAGAAGGUGUCCAAAGCAUUCGAAGACCUUAUCGAUGCGAAGCGCAUCUUGCGGGAAAUCAAACUGCUCCAGCAUUUCGACCACGAAAACAUCAUUACGAUUGUGGAUCUGUUGCCGCCACCAUCCCUUGCGCUCUUUGAAGACGUGUACAUCAUCUCAGAUCUCAUGGAAACGGAUUUGCACCGCAUCAUCUACUCCCGUCAGCCGCUCAGCGACGACCACAUCCAGUACUUUUUGUACCAAAUUUUGCGCGCGCUCAAGUACAUCCACUCGUCCAACGUACUCCACCGCGACCUCAAGCCAUCCAACCUGCUGCUUAAUUCGAACUGCGACCUCAAAGUGUGUGACUUUGGCCUGGCGCGGGGCGUCGAGCCCGACGAAGACAACAUGGAAUUGACAGAGUACGUGGUCACGCGCUGGUACCGCGCGCCCGAGAUCAUGCUGUCGACCAAGGAAUACACGAAAGCCAUCGACAUUUGGUCCACGGGGUGUAUCUUUGCCGAGCUGCUCGGGCGCAAGCCCAUGUUCCCUGGCGACGAUUACAUCCAUCAGCUGCAGAUCAUAUGCGACAAGUUGGGCACGCCCACUGAGGACGAGCUUCACUUUGUCACAAGUGAAAAGGCAAGACGGUUCAUGAAGAGCCAGCCAAACAAACCCAAGAUCCCCCUCGACAGACUCUUUCCCAAUGUCAAGCCCAAUGUACGUACGAACCAUGGCAUAAGAGUGAUUGGGUCAUGUAGGCGCUCGACUUGUUGGACAAGAUGCUCGUGUUUGAUCCGUCCAAGCGCAUCUCCGUGGAAGAGGCGUUGCAGCACCCGUACUUGGAAUCGCUGCACAACAGCGACGACGAGCCCAAGUCGACCAAGCCGUUUAGCUUUGAGUUUGAAAAGGAAAACUUGACCAAGCGACGGCUCCAAGAGCUCAUUGCCGAGGAGGUGUGUCAUUUUCAUCCCCAUUGGCGCGAUCAGCGUCAAGCGACGUCGUCUCCUGACUUGAAAUUGGCCACCAGCAGUGGCAGUCCUGACGCUCUUGACGGGGUCAAUGCCUUGGACGAUUGUUAGUCACCACACUCACGUGGCAACUGCACAUUGCAUUCGAUCGAUCGUUUGUUCGUUCGACCCUUGAAGUGGUGGUGGAUUCGGCCGUGUAUUGUCUUUUAUAUAAAGCACACACAAAACCAA